CUUUACCAGCCCUCCCAGAACUCGAGUUGGACUCAUUCAACUCCAUCCUUUCGAUACCGUCGUGUCUAUCUACACUUCCAACACUUGUGUUAGACAUUGACUCGACUGUGUCCCUCCCACCACAAUGCCUCCCAAAAGACGGACCAAGCGCGUCAGCGACCAUGAUGCAUUCUCGCCGCCAUCGACACCUGCAAAACGCAAAGCUGCAACUACAACUGGCGUUGUGACUACACCUGACCUUGAUGAUCCUGUACUGCACCUUGCUCUUGACACUGGCCAACAGUAUCUAAAAGCAGCAUACCUAUUCCUUUACAAUGAUCGACCACGAACGAGAGAUCAGCAAUCUGCAUCACUGGUCAAACGCAGAUCGGUUGUUUUUGACAAUCACAAUACUCGAAUGCGGUCAAGAGUACUAUAUGUGCUGGACACUACUACCAAACCCCCGAAGCUGCGUCCAGUAUAUGGCCGAAAGCUCGAAGACGCCAUCGAGAACAAUGCCACACUGGAAGAGGAUGUAAUUGAGUUCUUUAAGCCGCUGAUCUUUGACGAGGACAUGGGAGAAAAAGAACGAACAUUGCACCAAGUUGAAAAGUUAUCACAGAAGUUUCAGGAGCUACACCAUUCGACGGGCACGUUGAAUACCCAACGAGAGUUCGACUCUUUCGAUCUCUUGGUGGAUCUGCUUCGAUAUCUCUACCAGACCGCAAUCAUCUCCAUCGGCCGCGAUUCUGAGUCGCCAAACCUUGGUUUCCCCAGAAACUUGGAGGCAUUCCGCAAUUGGGACGCCGGAAAUCUACGUAUCCGUGUCGCCCUGCCUGUUCCUGCUGCGACGACAACGGCAAAGACCCGGCUUUACCGUUCAGCUGCUGAAGUUGCGGGCAUUCCAAAUCCAUAUCCUGUAUCAGAAGCAGCCGCAGCACUUGCGUUUCACGUCGCGACAACCGGAAAACCGUCUCUACACAAAACACUGGCAAUCGUCGAUGUUGGGGCAUCCACGGCCGACCUUGAGGUCGAUACAGUUGUCAAUUCUUCGCCAUUGCAACUUGUGCAGGUCGUUAGGUCUUGUACCGCCUGGUGUGGCGGUAGAAUUCUCAACACGGCAUGCAGAACAUAUGUUUUGGAGAAAUGGGAACAACAUCAGAACACCAUAUUACAGGCGCUCAAUGACUAUCAACCGAAUCCAUGGACGUGGGAACGGCUAGGCAUGGUAAUCGAGUCAAAGUUUGAAGAAGUGAAGAAGAGCUUCGAUGGUUCCCAGAACAAAAAGCUUGAGAUCCCAGGUCUUCCUCACAUUCCGGAAGUUGGACUCCAUGAUCGUGGGUUCCUGACACUAACUAUGGACAACCUACGAAAUAUCCAUGAUAAACAGCUACAACGACUAUUCGAGUUUUUGAAUCCUAUGGUCAAUCAGUUCGGGCCCGAUGAUUCUGGUGAAGGUAGAAUUCACGAAUUGAUACUGGCGGGUGGCGCAAGUAACAGCCCAUAUAUCCAAUCUCGAAUCAUGGCCGAAUACGAAGGACGUGGGCUACAGGUCAGAACUUCCAGCCCCGAGCUACUUCUGGAUACCACAGUAGCGCAGGGUGCACUGUUACUGCUUGAGGAAAACAAUAUCAUUAAAUCGCGGAUCAUUCGGGAAGGAUACUUCGUCGUCCAACAUGAGGAGCCAUCUCCAGAACAGGAGUACCCACGGGACGCGUUUCAUGUGAGCUCGCACGAUAACAGGGGACGCGUGCCUGUCACGAAGUUCUUGUUGCGUCCGAAUGAGUCGGUAUCAACGCAACGCCAUGAGUCUUCCAUCCGUGGCGAGCGCAUACUAUUGUUCCAAGAGAAGGACGAUGAUGGCACAGGUUGGACAGUCAAAGAAGACUUUUACCGUACCUCGAAGAUCGAGAGAGACGGGGUAUGGAUCGACGAGCCGGGACUAAGCUUUGACGAGUUGUCGCCAUUGGCAUUCAAGAUCCAUGAGGACGACACUCGUGGAUUCAAAAGAUCCCGAGCAAGAGACAGAACGGAUUGGUUCUAUCAUACCGAGUAUGAGGUCAAGUUGAUCUUGGAGGGAGAGCUGAUGACCUUCGAAUUCAUUGUCCCAAGAUCAGGAAAAUUCCCAAGUCCGAAUGACUGUGGUGUGGAUGUGAUUGUCCAGCAGGGCACGUACAACUGCACCGGUGACUUCGAGCUUUUUCCAGGAGAACGACAGCCAUGGGCUAGGUGAACAUCAUGAAUAUGUCCGAGAAUGGAUAGAGAUUUUGCUGGAGGGUGCUGAGGUGACAUCAGGGAGAGAUUGCUAGAGCUCAUAUCAAGCGACAACAAGGUACUAGUAGGGCUUACUCCCAGGUUUCAGUACUUGGAUAUCGGUGCUGGAAGGUGUGCCGUUGAAACGUGUACUAGAUACCUACCAAUGAAGUCAUGAAAGCGAAACCGUGCUUAUUUCCAUCACAGUAAAAGUAGCACCGGUUAGAGAUGG